CCUUGCUUUUUUGGAAAAUCCUUUUGGUCUUGCAGCUAUGUCUGGUCGUGGCAAGGGCGGGAAGGGCCUGGGCAAGGGGGGCGCCAAGCGCCAUCGCAAGGUGCUGCGCGACAACAUCCAGGGCAUCACCAAGCCCGCCAUCCGGCGGCUGGCCCGGCGCGGCGGCGUCAAGCGCAUCUCCGGCCUCAUCUACGAGGAGACCCGCGGGGUGCUCAAGGUGUUCCUGGAGAACGUGAUCCGGGACGCCGUCACCUACACGGAGCACGCCAAGCGCAAGACGGUCACGGCCAUGGACGUGGUCUACGCGCUCAAGCGCCAGGGCCGCACUCUCUACGGCUUCGGGGGCUGAGCACCCACGACCCACCGUAUUUCCAAACACAAAGGCCCUUUUCAGGG